AUGGAAAGACGGCUAAACAUGGCCGCCGUUGCAGCCCAAGAGGCCGACGGUGUUAGCCCCAUCAAGGCGCCCAAAGUAUCCAAGACAUCCAAGCCACUCAAGCCCCUCAAGAUCGACAAGCCGUUGAUGAUCAAGACCAGCAGCAAAGCGUCUGGCUCCAAGAGCUCCGACCCCAAGCCCUCGGCCAGUCCUCGGAUUCCCCUCGUCUGCAUUGUCUGCCCGAACACACCGCGUUUCUCCGACCUCUCCCAUCUCCUGACCCACCUCAGCUCUAAGGGCCACCUCCAAACCCAGAACGAUGUGAGAAUCCGCGCCAAUGAUGAUCUUGCCGCCUCGGAGGCAAUUACCACAUACGACAAGUGGUAUAAAGACAAUGGCAUCGAGCGUAUGCUUGCGGAGCGUCUCAGGGCCAAGGAUGAGAAGGCGAAGGGUACCGCACGAUCUGGACAGCCAAUUUCUCAGUCUUUGAAGAGAAAGAAGGCUCAUUCGAUCCUUGUCAAGCGCGAGGCUGACCAUGUCUCCAUGUUUACGCCCCCUCCCACUGGUCGACUUCUUGGUCAGCAACAGGCCAUCACAUACUACGGCGAUCGUGACGAUGUCUCUGCGUCGACUCCCACCGAUGACGCCACUGAAUGGGCCUCGGACGACUUGGAGGCUGCUAGACUCAAGGGUACCGUCUGGCCGGGCAUGGGUAUCUUUGAUGCCGCCACCCCUGACCAGAAGAAGCAGCGGAACCAGCGCAAAGACGCUUCUGUGGUCCGCAAGAUGGAGCUUUCAUCUCAGGCAAUCACUACCACUGAGAUGGUGGCCAACCUCGACUUGGAAUUCGAGAGAACUCGUGAUGUCUAUGAUGCACCUUCCGUUGAGGGAACUCCGGUUGCAAAGAAGCCCAGACGUCGUCAAAGACGCAGCCGUGCAGCAGAGGAGGAUGACAAUGCCUCGGAGGUCGUUGUCAAGGAGGAACCCACUGACGAAGCCACCCCUCAAGCCUCUCCUGCUUCGGCUAUGCAACCCAAGAAUUCUCUUUACAAGCAGGAGGAGAUGCCCGAGCUCAACAUCCAGUCCCUUUCGGAGAAGUUCGAAGUCACAAGCGACAACGCCAGCAGCGCCGAUGGUGACGCCGAAACUUCCGCCUAUGCCGAGCUCGAUGUUCAGCUUGAUGAGUCUCAUGUCGAUGACGAGCCACACUUCAGCCAGUACCCUCCCCACCGUCACUUCACCAUUCCUGCUCAAGAUUCCGCCGACGUUUUCCACGAUGGCAUCGCUGCCACCAACAAGUUUCCGGGUGCGAUGGAGGAUGAAAUCAGAUUCGACGUCCGCAAUCGUAUGCCCCUCCGGUCGAUGAACGCGAACUCGAAUCUGAGCAUGGCCUCUCCUACUCCAGCUGCGAAGCAACUUCCGCGCCGAAUGUUUACAGGAAAGGAAAAUAACCAUGUUUUGCAGGAACAGAAGAUGGCAGGUGGAGAUUACUUUGGUGGCGGAAACGCUCACUUGAACCAGGCCGGAAUGACCAAUGUCAAUACGUUCAACCCCAACUUCUACCAGGGAUAUGUGCCUGACAUACUCACGCACUUCAACCCGGUCCCAUGGCCUCAACCGAUCUCGCGCCCUACCCACCAUGGAUUCAACCCCAUCAAUGCCAACCACAACCAGCAGCAGAUGUUCUACCAUCAGGCGAUGCCCAUGACGAAUACUUUCGGCACCAGCGAUCAUAACCACGCCCAGGACGCGGGUAUGUAUGGAGACAGAGUCUAA